AUUGCUCAGCCAUCCAUCCUGUUUACUGAAUACCUACUGCCAGGCACUGUGGGGGGUGCAGUGUGCGAAACAAUGAAAAUACAAAGUAAUUUGGUUACAUUGCCUUUUUGAGAAGAGAUGCUAAUAAUCUUUAUGGCAUCGUAAUAAAUAGAAGACAGAGGACAUUGGGGGAGGAAAUCUAGUUCUAAGCCACGGGGAUCUGCAGAAGACAGAGCUGGCCUUCCAGUGAGAAAGGCUUUAGGAAUUGCACUCUCAACGGAAUGCGCGAAAGCAGGGCCUGAGAUGUUGGGCUUGGGGUGCAGGCCCCAGAGGCUGGCAGGCUGCUGUGUGCAUGCGUAUGUGUGUUUCUUUGUGUCCUCCCAUGGUGUGUGUGUGCCCUCAGCAAUCCUGGCCUCCGCGAGCUCACUUCUGAGCUGGGACAGCUAAGCAACCUCUGGCAGUUGGACAUCGAAGACCUGAACAUCAACAACGUGCCCAUGGAGAUCAAAAAAGAAGGCCCCAAAGCGAUGUUGUCUUACCUGCGUGCUCAGCUUCGGAAAGCAGAGAAGUGCAAGCUGAUGAAAAUGAUCAUCGUGGGUCCUCCUCGCCAGGGCAAGUCCACCCUCCUGGAGAUCUUACAGACGGGGAGGGCCCCCCAGGUGGUGCACAGCGAGGCCACCAUCAGGACCACCAAGUGGGAGCUCCAGAGGCCAGCUGGCUCGAGAGCCAAGGUCAAGGAUGGUCGGCGUGCAGAGUCCCCAUGGGUGGGAGGGAGCUUCCCGGGCCCCCUUCUCUCUCCUCUCCAGAGAGCCUGGGAUAUUCACAGCCUAGUGUCUGAGGCCCAGGGUAUGUACAGGGUCCGCUGGAUGCUGUCUCCAAACCAGCUCCUGCCAAGGGCAGUGAAUAAUUUCUUAAUAAUUUCUUAA